AUGGAGUUCGUCAACGCCAACAAGGGCAUAGCCCUCUGCAAGGAGGGCAAUUAUGCCGACGCGAUCCCACAUCUGACAAAGGCGAUCGCCGUCACCAUGUCCCCGAUCUGGCUUCUCGCCCGCGCGGAGGCAUACACGAAAGAAUCCCAGUUUGAGCGUGCCCUCGUUGACGCCGAGCAUGCGUACAACAUUGCUGCUGCGCGGCAGCAUUCGCAGAGGCUCGAGCAGAUGCUCGAGGCCCAGUAUCGGCGAGGUGUGGCGCUCUUCCGGCUGGGGAGAUACGCCGACGCUGACGCCUGCCUGUUGUGGGCAGUGAGGUUGGGCAGUGGAGCUUCGGCGCGUGAGGAGGAUCCGGUACUGGCCAAGGUCGACGACAAUGGCUUCUACAAUUGCACGGUGGAGCAGGCGGAGAAGGAAAAGCCUGUCUCCCCGGAGAAGGGCAAUGUGAACCAGGCUGAUCUGACUAAGAGCAGAAAGUGGGUUAGGGCGCAUUCUAUGCGGCAGGUGUGUUUGUCCAACCUGGCGAGGUUGCCAUCCGAUGCAACCGAGAGGAAGUUGACUGUGGCCAGGACGCCAAACCCGCCUGCAUUGGUGGAUGGGGAGUACGAUCCGGACGGAAGCAAGGACACUUCGGAAAAGGAAGCCGGUGGACGCCAGGGGCCCGCAACAGCAGACACCGCUGCCACGGCCGCGAAACCUCAGCAGCUUCGGGUUGACUUUUUCCAAAACUCUGCCAACGUUACCAUAAGCAUAUUUUGCAAAGGAGUUGACAAGAAAACCUUUCGCGCCGAAGUCAAAAACUCAAGAACCAUUGUACUACACAACAUGCCCAAAGAGGGUGAUACGCCGGUGACGCUCAGCUUAGCUUAUGAGAUUGAGCCAGGCACCAUUAAGCAGUUCGUCGGAUCUGUCAAGGUUGAGCUAACGCUGGUCAAGGCGCAACCGGGCGAGAAAUGGAAAACGUGGGGCACCAUGGCCGACUCGUCCGACCCUCCGUCGAUAUCCCAACCGAAGGAGUCAGUGUCAGUGCUAUCUGAACCCGAUGUGGAAGACGUACCGCCGAAGCCCGAGCCGAUACCGGACUGGGUGCUCCAGAACAAGCCGCCGCCAUAUCCAACAAGCUCUAAGAGUGGACCCAAGGACUGGGAGAAGCUCGGCGAUGACGAUGAGGAGCCACAGGAUGUGAACCAUUUCUUUGAGAAGCUGUACAAGGGCGCGACACCUGAGGCUAGGCGUGCCAUGAUGAAGAGCUACACGGAAAGCAAUGGGACAGAGCUGAGCAUGGACUGGUCGGAUGUUGCCAACCGCCGGGUUGAGGUUCAUCCGCCUGAGGGUGUUGACGUGAAGAAUUGGGACGGGACUAAGCGGAAGUAA